AUGCUAAAUGUAACAUAUUCUAUCAAAAACGCUGUGUGUAUUCCAGAAAUGUUCACAUUAACAGGAGGGCCACCAUGAUACGGAAAGAACUCAGGUGUCCCGAACAGACAACACGGUGAAACUGAAGCAUUCGCAUAGCAGCACACGGGUACAACUAUAUACAUUAGUUACAGUAUGUCCGGUGCCAGAAUUUCAUCAUUUCUAAGGAGCCUGUUGCGCCGAAAGCCCCUGGAACCAGAAGGAGAGGUGUCAAACUUCUGUCGCUGCCUAUCCACCCUGGACCUGGUAGCGUUGGGGGUUGGCAGCACCCUGGGCGCUGGCGUGUACGUGCUGUCUGGAGAGGUUGCCAGGAUCGUGUCUGGCCCCAGCAUAAUUGUCUCUUUCUUCAUUGCUGCACUGGCCUCCAUCUUUGCUGGACUUUGCUAUGCAGAGUUCGGGGCCAGGGUCCCAAAGACGGGCUCUGCUUACCUGUACAGCUAUGUGACCGUGGGGGAGGUGUGGGCUUUCAUCACCGGAUGGAAUUUACUGCUCUCUUAUAUCAUAGGUACCUCAAGUGUAGCCAGGGCAUGGAGUGGCACAUUUGAUGACCUUAUUGGAAAUGUUAUAGCUAACGCUUUGGGAAAAUAUGCACCUAUGGGUCUGCCAGGCCUGGCUGCCUUCCCAGAUUUCUUUGCAGCCGGUCUUAUCCUGUUACUUGCUGGUGUCCUUGCAUUUGGUGUCAAAGAGUCUUCGACAAUCAAUAAGAUAUUCACUGGCAUUAACAUAGCAGUUCUGCUGUUUAUCAUCAUUUCUGGCUUCAUCAAAGGAGACAUUAACAACUGGUAUAUCAGUAUGGAAACUAUCCUGAAUACUACAUCACACAUGCAGGUCAGCAAUCUGUCCUCUACUGUGAAUGCGACGAGUGGUUUUGGAGUUGGUGGAUUCUUCCCGUUUGGAUUCCAAGGAACCUUGGCGGGAGCUGCAACCUGCUUCUAUGCUUUUGUUGGAUUUGACUGCAUUGCCACCACAGGGGAAGAAGUGAAGGACCCUCAGAAGUCCAUUCCACUGGGCAUUGUCUCUUCUCUGCUCAUCUGCUUCCUUGCCUACUUUGGAGUUUCUGCUGCCCUGACACUCUUAAUGCCCUACUACUUAUUGAGCAUUCAUAGCCCCCUGCCAGUGGCCUUUACUUAUAUUGGUUGGACUGCAGCCAAGUAUGUGGUUGCCGUGGGUUCCUUGUGUGCACUCUCUACAAGCCUCCUGGGCUCCAUGUUUCCAAUGCCCAGAGUCCUCUUUGCCAUGGCUAGAGAUGGACUCCUUUUCAAAUCCUUGAGUAACAUCAGUUCUCGGCAGAGUCCAGUUGUAGCUACACUGUCAUCUGGCAUUGUGGCAGCAAUCAUGGCUCUGUUGUUUGACCUGAAGGCACUGGUUGAUAUGAUGUCAAUCGGAACACUUUUCGCCUACACCCUUGUGGCCGUGUGUAUUCUCAUACUUCGGUACCAAGACGAUUGCACUGAAGACUCCAAUAAUAUCCAAAAAACAGAAACAAGCUCAAAGUGGAGGUUUUUAAAUCCUCCUUCACACCCAACUUCUGAAACGUCAAAAAAUGUAUCAACUUGUACAAUUGUCAUUAUUAUACUGAUCAUCAUCUUGAGCCUAUUUUUGAGUAAGGCUACAAAACCUCUGCUGUGCCAAGAAGUAUGGAGUCUUCUUUGUGUCUCAGUCAUCCUUCUUAUUCUGGUUCUUAAUGUUGUUAUUAUAUGGAGGCAGCCUCAGAGUCCCAUCAAAGCUGCUUUUAUGGUGCCCUUUUUGCCAGUACUCCCCACAGUGAGUGUUUUCAUCAACGUCUACCUCAUGAUCCAACUGGGUACGGACACGUGGAUUCGAUAUGCUGUUUGGAUGGCAGUGGGACUGCUCAUCUACUUUGGUUACGGUGUUCACCACAGUGUGCAGAAACAACGGCUUCUCAAUGCAAGCAAUCAGGUCCAUAUUCAGACCAUUGAGACCAAAGCAGAAGGGGAUGGAGUGAAAAGAGAAGACAGAUUCUGAGCCUGAGGGAAAAAUGUUUGACAGUAGAAUGAAACUAACCAUUCUGAAAGUCUUUAUUUGGAAUACAUGGUUUUAAAAAAAUAAUUUCAUAUGCAUUAAAUUUUGUACCAAAUGCAGUUUAUGAAAUAUAGGUUUUAUGUAUGAUAUUAUUAAAACAGUAUGAUCAUUAAUGUAGAGUUAUACAUAAUAUAUAUAUAUAUAUAUGUCUGCACAAGUAUUUAAAACCUCAGGAGAAUAAUUUAGAAUACACAUGUAUAUUUAAACAAUAUUUAAUCUUGCUCACAAAAGCUAUCAUCUUGACAUCUUGAAGGUUACUUCAGGUAUUGUAUAAAAUUUCUGUUUCACUCAGUAAAUAUAAAUACCAGUAAAAAAUAAAUGUAAAAAAUCGGUACUUUGUUUUUAUGUGGUUAAUGAAUGAGACCUACUUCAUGGGCAGCCUAGGUCUCACUCCAAGAACAGAAAGGUUCCACAUUCCACAAAUGAAACAUGUCCACACAAAUUAGGAAGAAAAAAAAUGUAAAAAAGCUGCCAUAAUGUUGCAGAAUUACCACAGGCUGCAUAAUCACGGCGUUACCCAGCGGAGACACAAAUUCAUGCCAUUAAGGUUUCAUAUAAAUUUUAUCCAAAAAUCUUAUUAGGGAGAUCACAGUCCUAACCAGAAUUAAAGGUCUGUGGGGCACU